ACUUUCGUGUGCGCGAGACCAACCGAAGCUAACGGCUAACGCCUCACCGUUAAACACCUCACCAGCCAAUUCAGCGGCUGUGUCUCAAAAUCUAACAAGCUGCCUACCUAGGACGCAUUGUUAGACAUUACACGCAAGCAGUCCAGCCAAUGAGUGAUCAUGUCUGGGGUGAAAAGGAAAAUAGAGGACAAAGAUCCUGACUAUGAGGACAUCACUCAAGUUCAGGAGAACAAGAGGAGUAAAGUGGUGGAGCAGAAUGCCUGUGAAGCUGCAGUGCAGAAGAUUGAAGUGAUCAUCAAGGAUCAGUUUUCUCUUGAGAUGAAGAAUAAAGAGCAUGAGAUCGAGGUUAUCGGGCAGAGGUUGAAUGAGGCCAGGAGAAUGAUGGACAAGCUCAGAGCGUGCAUUGUCGCAAACUACUAUGCCAAUGCUGGCCAGCCUAAAGUCCCCGAGGUAAUCUGUAGAGACCCAUCUGUGCUGAACCACCCUGCCAUAAAACGCUUCUUGGAUUCCCCCUCCCGCUCCUCGUCUCCACUGAACCAGAAUUCAGAGACCCCAUCACAGGUCCAGUCUGAGACCGAGUCCUUCAGCCAACAUGGGGAGGCUGGGGAGAGGGAGAUGGACAGUGGGAGAGAGGACGGCGCUCCACGUGAACGCCGACCUGGCAGGAACACAGGAAAAGACACAUUUGGUGUGACAUCAUCCUUAGAGCAGCAUGUGACUUACCACACUACAGGAGAUGAGGCUUCUCGGCUCUACAUGAAGAAAACUAUUGUUAUGGGCAACGUGUCUAAGUAUAUUGCCCCUGAUAAACGUGAGGAGAACGACCAGUCCACUCAUAAAUGGAUGGUGUAUGUUCGAGGUUCUCGCAAAGAGCCCAGUAUUGAUCAUUUUGUGAAGAAAGUCUGGUUCUUCCUGCACCCCAGCUACAAGCCCAAUGACCUUGUGGAAGUCAGUGAGCCACCGUUCCACCUGACUCGUCGAGGGUGGGGAGAGUUUCCUGUCCGUGUGCAGAUUCACUUUAAAGACCAACGGAACAAACGUAUCGACAUCAUCCACCACUUAAAGCUUGACAGAACAUACACAGGUUUACAGACUUUGGGAGCUGAAACGGUGGUGGAUGUUGAGCUCCACAGAAACUCACUAGGUGAUGACUUCAUCCCCUCUGCUCCCUCAUCUUCAUCACCAUCAUCAUCAUCAUCAUCCUCUCAUCUGCCGUUUGUGGGCGGGUCUGGUUCCUCCUGCACAGCUGCCCAAGGCUCUCGGCGGCCCUCCUCUCACUCUCUGCACGCUCAUGAUGAUCAGCCCAGCUCAGAUAGAGUUCCAGGUGUGACUUUCAAGAGUGAGUCGGUCCGUUCUUCAUGUUCUGAACGAACUUCGCAGUCAAAUAGGUCUGAGAAAAUCACCCUCGGUUCCCACGGAAACUCAGCCUUUCAGCCAAUCAUAGCCAGCUGUAAGAUAAUUCCACAAGGGCAAGUGCCCAGUCCCGCUGAAUCACCUGGGAAAUCAUUUCAGCCAAUUACGAUGAGCUGCAAGAUUGUGUCUGGUUCUCCUAUCUCCACCCCUAGUCACUCUCCUCUCCCCCGGACAUCAUCAUCUACGCCAGUGCACAUGAAGUCCAGCCCCUCAGUAAUAAAUAACCCCUACAUUAUCGUGGACAAACCAGGCCAAGUCAUUAAUAUGGCUGCAUCGACAUCUGCAGCUACAGGUAGUCCGACGGCCAAGCAGAGCAGCACAGCCCAUGGUGCUCGAUCACCUGCUCCUAAAGUUCACACCAGCAGCUUCCUGUCCUCUGGGGUCAAGGUUAUAAUCAAGCAAGAACCAGGAGAGGUGCCCACCCAGCCAUCACCACAGCAACAGGUCAUUUCCACAGCAGCUUCCCAGCAGCAACAACAGUAUGUGACAGUGAAGGGAGGUCACAUGAUAGCCAUGUCACCGCAAAAACAGAGUGGGGCAGGGACUGGCGGUGCCACACCCAGCAAGGUUUUGGGUAUUCCACUGGGCUCUGCUGUCAAACAGGUCUCUAUGAGCAGCGGGCAGAUCUUGGUCGCUAAGUCCAGCCCCUCUGUGUCCAAGGUGGUGGGCCAAAAGCAAGUGGUAGCACAGGGUGUCGCUAAAGCAAUCGUCAGUGGAGGAGGCAGCAGUUCAAGCGGCAUCACGGGACAGCAGGUGCAUGCUGUUACCAAGGCAGCAAGUGGGUCUGGAGGAAGUGGCAAGAGUGGAGUUAUGGCCACCUUACAACUACCAGCAAAUAACCUGGCAAACCUGGCUAAUCUGCCUCCGGGCACCAAACUCUACCUGACCACCAACAGCAAGAACCCAUCGGGCAAAGGCAAACUGCUACUGAUCCCACAGGGAGCCAUUCUGAGAGCCUCACACAGUGCAGGCCAGUACUCUCAGAGUUCUGGUUCUGGAGGGUCACAUUCCUCCAGUGGGUCCUCAGGGUCUGGCAGCCUGCCUUCCAAUUUAUCCUACACUUCUUACAUCCUCAAACAGACUCCUCAGGGCACGUUCUUGGUUGGCCAGCCAGGGGGCUCUGGGAAACAGAGCUCUGGUGGUCACGUGGCAUCCAGUCCUGCGUCCAGUACCCAGCAGGCCAUUCGGGUCACAGCCGGACAGAAGGCAGCCAUAUUGGCUCAGGUGUGUAACAAAGUGGCGGGUGGGUCUCAAGGUUCUCAGGUGAAGCUGUCAGAUGGCUCAGUGAAGAUGGUAACAGCUGCCGCAGCAAGUCACCUGAAUAAACCUGGCACAACAACCCUGAGAAUGACGGGAGGUGUCAUCACUGCCACAAGCUCCACCCCAUCCACACCCAGUGCCACACCCACCUCUCAACAGUCAGCAGAAGCCACUGGAGGAUCGUCCUCUCAGCCGUUCCCUCAGACGGCUAAAGCGCCACCGCAGCACCCUGUGCUUGUAGCUGCCAAUCAAGCUGCAGUGAUCAGUGCAGCCAAGAGUGCCAGCUCUGCCGCCAACACAGCAAAGAGUUCUGCCUCUGGCACCAGUGUGGUUGUCACAGUUGCAAAGAGCAUCAACGUGCCUCUCAUUAGCCUGUCGAAGGGGGCGGGGUCGUCUGUUGUGGGCGGGGCCAAAAGCUCCAGCCCAUCACUGGUCACUGCAGCGUCACUGAUAGGUGGAGGGACGGUCAGCGGAAAACCUGCUGCCGCCAUCUCAGGUAUGUUGAAGUUGCAUCCAGCUCAGUCCAGUUCCCAGCAGACAGUUCUCACCAUCCCAGCCAAUCAGCUGAAGCAACUCAGCGUGGGCAGUGGUUCCUCAGGGCUGCAGACCAUCUUGAUGCCUGGUGGCAAAGUCAUGCAAUCUGGUGCUAAAGGUGCAUCUAGUAGCAACACAACCACGAGUGGAGCUGCUUCCCCAGCAUCCACACCUGUAGCUCAAGUUAAAACUGAACCAGGUUUGGUUAGCUCCACUUGUAUGACUCCAGUACCCCAAACAUCUGCCCCAGCCUCUAGAGCACCCUGCUCUGGUCCCAUGCCGACAACCCCCACAUCCACAGAAGCAGCUGCUACUAUUAAAGUAGAACAAGGCAUAGAAUCUACAGCUCAUGAACUUAUCAAUACGGAGCACAUAGAGAAUAUGACACAACUUCUGACGGCCAUCGUGAAGAAAUUCCCUCUGAUUGUCCCUGAGAAAAAUGAGGACUCUCAUCCGUUCUGUGCCACCUCUGUGGAUCAGUACUACUCAUGGAACAUUGGCAAACGCAGAGCUGCAGAGUUUCAGCGAGCAGUGGCUGUGCGCCGUGUGUGUGCUGAUCUGUUAGAGAGGACCCCUCGGCUUCAGGCCCUCGCUCCACCCAGAACUAAAGAGGUGCUCCGCUGGUGCCGUCUUCGUGGUUACACGCCCCCUGACCCUGAACCUCAGCGCAUAGAGGAGGACUCCAUCGAGGACAUACUCACACAGAUCGACAGUGAACCUGAGUGUAGCUCGACUCUGACAGGCUGUGAGGAGCUGUCACAACGUCUGGAGCAACUUCAGAGGAUUCUGAAGGCAGAGCCUGACGAGGAGGAUGAUAAGCCUCUUGACAUCAUCAGUGUGAAAGACAUAGAUGCUGCCAAGGUCAAAAUCAAACUGGAACAGGAAGAGGCCGAACAGGAACCCAAGUUCUUCUUGGGGCGCUGCCCAUCAACCCAGGUCAUCAGAGACACGGCGGAGCAGAUCGGCGUCACACUGCAGCAGGUGGAGGUGGAGAAGAAUGUUUUUGCUCCAGUCGUGGAGACCAUGAUUCUUAAGGCUGUGGAGCAGUUUGCCAGUGAAAUCCUCAGGGAGUCUUUGGCCAAUGCCCAUGGGAAAUCCCAACAAAACAGAACUCCGAGAGAGAUAUCGGCUAUGGAUGUGCAUCAGGCCAUUAGCUCUAUUCCCACCUGUGAUUUUCUGACUAAUAGGUACAUGGGCAUCAUGGUGAAGGAUGAAAGCCACGCUGACUAACUUCACUCCUUGGCAUCUGACUACAAAUAGACAGACUGUCUCCUUCUCCUGGGUAGAAGACAUCUAAUCCUUACUGUAGGGGAGAAAAAAAGCUUGCUAUGUGAGAAGCCAAGUGCUGGGGUGAAAAUGAGAUUUAUCAUCUACUGAAUCUUUUUCUCACACACUGUUUAGUGUUUCUAGAAUAAGAAAUCGACACCCUCAGCCUCACAGACUCACUAACAGCAGAAGCAGACAGUGUUCGUACCUCAGGUAUUCAGAAUGGCAUUCUAACAUGCUAAUGCUGGAAAUGCUUUGUAU